AUGCCCGACUUUGACUUCGAGGCCGCGAAAGAGAGUUUGGCGGGCUACAUCACACUCUUUGGAGAAGCUGCUGGCGAAAGUGAUGGUUCUUUGCCCUGGACAAUCUUCCUGCACGCUACCCAAAAAGUUAACACUGUGGCUCAGAGCUUGCAGGAACGCUUGGAGGAAUGCCGCACCGAGUUUGAUCAAAUCAAGUCACACCGUGAAGAGAUUGCCGCCCGAGAGCGAGCCGUGGAGCAACAAGAGGCAAAUGCUCAGCAAACCCUUCAGCAGGCUGAGGACAAGGACCGGGAGACCCAGGAAAAGCUCAAUCAACUAGCCGAAAACCGCCGCCAGCAUCAGGAUCACGAGUUGCAGCUCAACACCAGACAGAUGGAGCUUGAUAGCCAGAAAGAGCAGCAGGGAAGAGAGCUCCAGGCACUCAACGAGGAAAAGGCUGUCGUGGCGCGAGAGAAACAAGAUGUUGCUCGCAACCAGAACACGUUGGGGGAGCUACGAAAGGAGAUCGAGGAGCGUGUGCGGGCACAGAUCAGACUAGACGACCAACUCGCGGACUUCCAGCGUGUCACAUCAGUCCUUGAGCAGCAGUUCCCGUCAAUCCUAGAGCAGCAGCUCGCGCCAGCUCUCCAGAAGCUGGACAACGUCUCGGCGCGAGUCCAAGCGAUUGAAGGACUCAUGGAGAGAACCAGUCACUUACAGGACCGUCUCGAAUCGGCCCAAAACACGGCCACACAAACCACAUCAAUCAUCGAGCAGCAGCUCGCAACAGCCCUCAACCAGUUGGAGAGCGUGUCGGGGCAAGUACAAGCAAUCCAAAGAGUUGUGGAGGACCUCCUCAAAGAGCAGCUUGAACCGGCACUCGACAAGCUGCAAAAUGUGCCAGCGGGCUUACAGGCGAUUGAAAGAAUCAUCAGUGGCAUCGGUCGGUUGGAUGACCGCCUAGUAUCGACCGAGAACACCACUCGAAUGACGGAAAAGGAGCACGAUCGCAUGAUUAUGGAGUUGCGAGCCGAGAUCAUAACCGCCGUAUAUUUAAGAGAGGACGUUCGAGAGCUCAGACAAGCGGUCGACGAUAUUCGCAAGGUCCCCGAGCUUUGA